GAAGAAUCUGCUGUUUGCAUUGCAAAGCUUGAUCUGCGAAGAUUCCAAGAACUCAUUGGGGACCCUUUAGCACCAAAGUCUAUGGAGGAAACGAAAACUGCAGGAGAAAAUUUUCCAAUAGAAUCCUCUCCAUCGAAGUCCGUAGCUUCGCAAGAUGAUGAACACACUGAACUAAAAGUUUCAACUACCCUAGUUGCUAAUGAAGAAGUAGAGCAUGAUCAACAGAGCUGUGUGGUAGAAGAUUCUGAAAUAGCAGUUAUACAAGAUGGUUCUGAUUCUGGAGCUCUGAGCCAGGAUGCACUUCUUCCAACAAGGAAUGAAGGGAUAUUAGAGCCUGAAGUUGAGCAAACUGCAGCAGGGACCUCAGAAGCUAUUCUUUUGUACUCUUCAUCUGAUAUCUCGAAAGCAGAACCUAACCAUCAGAGCAUUGUGACAACAGAUUCUGAAAUUGCAAUCGUGCAGGAUGCAUCGAGUUCAAAAGAGAAUUCAGAAACAGUAAAUCCAAAAGCAACAGGUCCAAAAAUGAUAGAGUCAAAAGUAGAGGAGAUGGUUCCUGGACCCUCAGAAGUUAUUCCAUCACCACAUUCAUCAUACACCUCAAGAGGACAACCUAGUGAUGCUUCCCAGCAACCUGAAGAUGUUCAAGUUAAUAAUGUAUCAAUACCUUAUAUUGCCUCUGGUGAAAUUAAGGACUCUCAAAAUGGUCAUCAUGUUAGGCUGUCUGAUGACCUCAGUCAGCUCCUGGCAGAAAAUGCAAAUAUCAACAAUAAAGGACCAGAGCAUCUUCAUGUUUCUUCGAAUGUAAAACAGGUUGAUGUACACAAAGGCCUUGUUGAUACUGCCAUGCCUUUUGAAUCAGUUAAACAAGCUGUUUCUAAGUUUGGAGGAAUUGUUGAUUGGAAAGCCCAUAAAAUCCGGACUGUAGAGAGGCACAAGAAUGUAGAACAAGAUCUUGAGAAGGCAAAAGAAGAGAUUCCCGAAUACAGGAAACAGUCCGAGGCUGCUGAAGAUUCAAAAGCCCAAGUACUAAAGGAGCUCGAUAGCACGAAGAGGCUCAUAGAACAACUGAAGCUUAAACUGGAAAGAGCACAAACUGAAGAGCAUCAGGCAAAACAGGACUCUGAACUUGCCAGGCUCAGGGUGGAAGAAAAGGAACAAGGAAUUGCUGACGAGGCAAGUGUUGCAGCCAAGGCACAACUUGAGGUUGCUAAAGCCAGGUAUUCAGCUGCGGUUGCAGAUCUGAAAUCAGCGAAAGAUGAGUUGGAAGCACUAAAAGGAGAGUAUGCUUCCUUAGUUUCUGAGAAGGACAAUGCUGUAAAGAGAUCUGAGGAGGCUGUUUCUGCCUCCAAGGAAGUUGAGAAGACAGUGGAGGAUCUGACCCUAGAGCUGAUUGCAGCAAAAGAAUCUUUAGAAUCUGCGCAUGCCGCACAUUUAGAGGCAGAGGAGCACAGAAUUGGAGCUGCCAUGGCCAGAGAGCAAGAUUAUCUGAAUUGGGAGAAGCAACUGAAGGAGGCAGAAGAGGAGCUACAGAGACUGAACCAACAAAUUCUGUAUGCACAGGAUCUCAAAUCAAAAUUAGAUACUGCAUCAACCUUGCUACUCAAUCUAAAUGCCGAAUUAGAAGUUUUCAAGGCAUCCAAAUUGAACCAAGAAGCUUGUGUGGAAAAAAGAGAUUCGCAAGGUGAGUCAGGAGACUCAAUGAAGGAAACCCAUUCAGAUGCACAAUUGGCAGUAGCUUCAGCCAAGAAAGAGGUUGAGGAUGUGAAGCUCAACAUUGAAAAAGCAAAAAGCGAAGUAGAUUGUUUGAGGGUUGCAGCAUUGUCUCUUAAUUCAGAACUUGAAACAGAAAAGUCGGCCCUUACCACCAUUAGGCAGGGAGAAGGAAUGGCAUCAAUAGUUGUUGCCUCUCUUGAAGCAGAGGUCAAUAGUAUUCGAGCUGAAUUAGCUCUUGUUCAAAUGAAGGAGAAGGAAGCCAGGGAGAAGAUGGUGGAGCUUCCCAAACAGCUACAGCAAGCAGCUGAAGAAGCAGUUCAGGCCAAAUCUCUUGCUCAAUCUGCUCUUGAAGAAUUGCGAAAGGCCAAGGAGGAAGCUGAGCUAGCCAAGGCUACCAUAACUACCACAGGGAUCAGAUUACAUGCAGCACGGAAGGAGAUUGAAGCUGCCAGGGCAUCAGAGAGGUUGGCACUUGCAGCAAUCAAAGCAUUACAGGAGAGUAAAUCAACCAAAAGUAACGAGGGUGAGGAUGCCAGUGCUGCAAUGGAACUUUCGUUGGAGGACUAUUAUGCCCUUAGUAAGAAGGCGCAUGAGGCCGAGGAGCAGGCCAACAUGAGGGUAGCAGCAGCCAUUGCCCAAGUAGAAGUGGCUAAGGAAUCAGAGUUUAGGAGCUUGGAAAAAUUGGAAGAAGUGAAUAAGGAAAUGGCGGCAAGGAAGGAAGCAUUGAAAAAUGCAACAGCGAAGGAUGAGAAGGCCAAGGAAGGGAAGCUGGUAAUAGAGCAAGAUUUGAGGAAGUGGAGAGCAGAGAAUGAACAGCGGCGGAAAGCUGGCAACACUGAUCAAGGGGUUGUAAACUCCACAAGAAGUCCAAGGAGGCGCUUUAAGGAUUUGAGAGAACAAAAGAACUUCAUUGGAGAAUCACAUGCUGCUGAACCUGUGGAUCAUGUACCAAUCCAGAAGGCCUUUCUACCCAGAAAUGACUUGGAGACUGAUCGUACUCCAGCAGUGAAUGUGGUGAAGAGGAAGAGGAGGAGAUCACUGUUUCCACGGAUUGUCAUGUUUCUGGCCAAGAGGAGAGCACGAGCAUCAAAGUCAAAACUAACCUCUUGAUUGUGCACAUAUUUUGUUGUUGUUGUUGUGUCUAUACUUCUCUUAUUUUUGUGGGUUUUGAGCCCAAAUUGGUAUCCUAACUGCUGAAGUUGAUCCACCGGAUUUCUGUAUAGUGUAGCAAUGAUUAGUUGAUCUGUUU